AUGGUGGCCUCUGAAUUCCCUAGAAGACUUUACACCAAAAGGUUUGAGCCAGCCCCGGAUAAAAGCAUCGGCUAUUAUGCUGAUGAUUAUAGGCUGGUCCCUGCACUAAAGUCAUCUCUACAAGAGGAUGAAUGGGAAGAGAUUUACGAGUCACCGUUGGGUGUCUUUUUAAAGUUCCACGACUUGGAUUUUGGUUGGGCUUCUAGGCUGGUGCACCACAUGCUGACCUUUCAGAUAGUUUGCAAGCAGAGGUACGAGAUAUGGAGCCUGAUUGGUACCACUCCAGUUCGGUUUUCAUUGCAUGAGUUUGAGGAGAUCACCGGACUCAACUGCGGGUACGUGGAUGACUUGGCUUUAACUGAUCUUGCGCUUGUCGAUGACAUGCGUGCAUUUUGGGAGCUAAUAGGGGUCGAUGCCGAGCUGCGGUUGGGUUAUCUUGGGAUCUACGCUGGUUUCAUAGUGGCAACGAGACCUGGCUCAUCCACAAAUGUCAACCAUGCCAGACUAGUGAUGGAUCUCGAAGGUUUUAAGGAGUUUCCAUGGGGAAGAAUUGCUUUUCAGCAUUUGAUCAAGUCUGUUAAGGAGAAAGAUCUCAGCAAAAACAUUCAUAUAGAAGGAUUUGUGCAAGCUCUUCAAGCUCGCAUACAGUCCUGCGUGGCUAAGGACUUGGCGGAUAUGUUUCCCGUGUGGGAUGAUGACGAACAGGAUCCAGAUAUUGUCAAGAUUGUCAAUGCACUCCAUGACCCCAAUUUCAAGUUCUCAAAAAACCAUUGGCCUUUGGAAGGUGUUUUGGGUGCACACAUCGUCAAGUCAGAAGCUGGAAAGAGGAGCCUUCCCUCAGAUGAAUCAAGUCGCAAGAGACCCUGCACAGCCUCUGCCUCUGCCGCAUCAUUCGUUGGUGAUGAAGGGGUCGGAGUUGUUGCUACUAUGAAAGCGCACUUCGACCAAUGCUUCCAAAGCUUUUCAACCAAGAUGCUGAAUGGUCUUGGUAGCUGUGAAAAGCAGAUCAAACGUCUCACCGGGAAGUUUGAAUCUGUAGAGCGUGCGGUAGAAGAGUUGACUACAGGGUUGGCGAAGCACACUGAGGAAGAGCCAACCCAGCAGUAG